AUGACCUCAACACUUGUUCCUCGCGUCGCAAGAAUUCAGUUUUAUGGUCGUUCGUCUUUCACAAAUUUCGAAAAUGACAACAGAGUAGGGUUGAGUGAAAAUUUGUGGAAAGAGUUGAUCAGUGAAUUAACUGUGGACGACGAAUCUUCUCAAGCGACGUCAAAAUCUUUCAUUUGCGUUUCAAUAACUCCGUCCAAAGAAACUCGAAAGAGUCCUUUACAGAGGUGUAAAGAAAAGUCUUCUGGUUCACCGAUAUAUUCAUCUAUUAUCACUUACGGGAGAUUACACCCUCUUGAGAAUUUUAAGACUCCACAGGAUCACAUUUGUUACGUUUCCGAAGAUUUUGCGAAACAAAAUUUUCUCCAUAAUGGAUCAAUCGUCGAAGUUGAUAAUGCAAGUCCGGUCGAAUUGGAAGAAGUUGUAUUGGGCGCGUUGGAUCCCAGGUCUUACGAACUAACAUUAAGAGACAUGUCUGAGAAAUCUCCGGAUGGUAUUUCCCAAGAUGAACAGGAAUUAGACCGUGAUACUUUGGAGCUCGACAAUAAGAAUGAAUUUUUGGAUCAGAAUAUCUUGGAUCCAAAGGACAAUUUUCUUUUAGCUUUUCUCGAUGUUAGCAAGCAGGAUCAGUUAAAUGAGGAGGAAUCAAACAAGACAUCCUCAAACAUAUCGUCUUCAUCGGAUGAGGAAGGCACGAACAAUGAAAUACCGGUCCCAUUCAAGCACAAAUUUUUUCCCCUUAUCCUGGAGUUACCCUAUCCAACGAGCAUGUUGCAACCGACUCCAAACGAAAAAGACGACCCGGAAUCGAGAGUUCUGGUUAAUUUGAAAGAACUGGUGAAAUUGGGUCUACAGAGUGGAAGUUGGGUCCUAGUGUCUGGUCCCAAGAUGGAGAAAACCAGGAUGUGCAAAGUUUACGCAGUCGAAGUUCCAGCAUCAACAGAGCAUCCUUUUCCUCCCGCAUAUAUUUCCCCGAUUCUUUAUUUUAAUCUUGACUUUGACAACGUUGUCGCCUCAACAGCGUCUGAUAAAGAGUUAUACAUUCAACCAAUCAUGCGAGCGCAAUCCGCAGCACCAAUCGCCAAAAAUAUUUCAGUUUCAAGGAUAGCCUCUCCCUAUUCGACGGAUAGAAAUAUUUAUAAUGCUAGCAUUAAUGGUCUAACAAAAUGGUUUGAAGACGCGGACAGAAUAGUAUGCGAGGGUGAUAUAAUACCAAUACUGAUAGAUGAAGAGGCUGCACGUUUGAGGCCGCAAAAAUCUGAAGGGGACAUCGAAGAGUUGGAGGACAUGGAUAUUGCUACCGUACCAAUUAAGCCUAACAUCAUUGUAUAUUUCAAGAUAUCUAUGAUGAAGUUGAAACAUAAUAAAACCCGGUUUAUUUACGGAUAUGGGAGACGAGUUGAUCCAGUUAAUACUCGACUUAUGCAAACUGGAAUGGAACACGCAAGAGUACCCGCUUUGAAGCGCUACUUCAAUAUAAAAACAGAGACCCCCGGUUUCUCAUUUAUUAAUUCUGCCCUCAUCGCACCCGAAACCCCAUAUGCACAACUUUUGAGUCUUAUCUCCUCGUGUCUACAUCCAAAUGCUGCGUCAUUGAAUCUUAGCUGUACCGUUCUUCUACAUGGACUCCGUGGAUGUGGUAAAAAGACAACAGUCGAAUGGGUGGCGGAGAGAGUCGGAGUACACGUGUACGAAGUGAACUGCUUUGAAAUUUCAGGAGAAACCGACUCGAAGACGGAGCAGUCGCUCCGCGGAAAAAUUGAUAAGGCUGUAACGUGUUCACCAUGCGUGUUCUUGUUGCGUCAUAUCGACGCAUUAGCUAAGAAGAGUGUGGCUCUCGAAACUGGUCAAGAACCCACCAUUUCUACUGUAUUGCAAGAUAGUUUCAAGCAAUUGGUGGAAAAUUUUCAUAAAAUAGGUCAUCCAGUUCUCGUAGUGGGAACUACAAGCGAUAUUGAUAAAGUGCCCGCAAGCGUUAUAGGAUGUUUUAGACAUGAGAUCAAAUUCGAGGCACCCGAUGAACCAUCUAGAUUAGAGAUAUUAGAAAAUUUAACUAGAGAGACUCCGGUCGCACCAGAUGUUUCAUUAUCUUCAUUGGCAACGCAAACUGCCGCGUUGGUCGCGAAAGAUUUGGUGGAUUUGGUUGCUAGAGCCGGGUUGGCGGCACUCGAACGAGUUGGAAAGGUCGUGACCAAAACGAAACAAUCAUUGAAAGACAUUGAUCUCGUUCACGCUGGUAUUGCGUUGACUGCGACCGAUUUCGAUGAAGCCCUGGGCAAGGCUAGAGCUUCUUAUUCUGAUAGCAUCGGAGCUCCCAAAAUACCAAAUGUUACAUGGGAUGAUGUUGGAGGUCUUGCAUCUGUCAAGGACGACAUUCUAGAUACUAUUCAAUUGCCAUUGGAACACCCGGAGCUAUUCACCACUGGCAUGAAGAAAAGAUCGGGAAUAUUGCUUUAUGGACCACCAGGCACAGGAAAAACCCUGUUAGCGAAAGCCGUGGCCACAUCGUGUUCUUUGAAUUUCUUUUCUGUUAAAGGUCCCGAGUUACUGAAUAUGUAUAUUGGCGAAUCUGAAGCAAAUGUUCGGAGAGUAUUUCAACGGGCCAGGGAUGCCAAACCAUGUGUCAUCUUCUUUGAUGAAUUAGACUCGGUUGCUCCAAAAAGAGGUGAAAAGGGUGAUUCGGGAGGUGUGAUGGACCGAAUUGUCAGUCAAUUGUUGGCCGAAUUAGAUGGGAUGGGGCAAGGAGGUGGUGCUUCAGAUGUAUUUGUUAUUGGCGCCACAAACCGACCGGAUUUGUUGGACCCUGCAUUGUUAAGGCCCGGAAGGUUUGACAAACUUCUUUAUCUUGGUGUCAGUGAGGAUAACGAGACGCAACUUAAAAUUAUUCAAGCUCUCACGAGGAAGUUUCGUUUGCAUCCAUCUCUGGAUCUUCGAUCUGUGGCCGAGAGUUGUCCAUUCAGUUAUACGGGUGCUGACUUUUACGCGCUUUGCUCAGAUGCUAUGCUGAAAGCUAUGUCGAGGGUCGCAGAAGCGGUGGAAGCUAAAGUUGUCUAUCUGAAUGCCCAUCCGACACCAAAUCUUCCAAUCCCUGUAACGUCGCAAUACUAUCUUAAUCAUCUUGCCACUCCCGAGGACACUCUGGUUGAGGUGACACGGGAGGAUUUCGAUAGAGCCUUACUGGAAUUGGUUCCUUCAGUUUCAGAAAAAGAAUUAGAACAUUAUCGUAGGGUACAGAUGGGAUUUACUCAACAGAUGGAAGGGAAAGCAAAGGAGAAAGAUGCCACCUAUUCUCUACCGUCGUCCAGUAAUAACGGGUGGAGCGAAGACUAUCUCA